GGUUGCAGGUCAGUCCUCCAUAUGCAGGCGCACGAGCAUCCAACGGCGCUAGCGGAUUCAAACUUCAAACAGACUGAGAGAGUGCAAAGCUUAGAACUGCAUUCUUUCUGCGGUGGUGAGACAGAUCCAAGUAGGCCUUUCGCAUUACUCACUGGCGCAAUUCAACCCCAAGGCUUUCCACUUCCAAAGAGCUCUUACCACUUCCCCUAUCACGUGCAGAGGACACCUGCGUUCUUCCACAGCAAGCUUUUAGCCAGCUCCAAGAGUUUGCUAAUUUCGACGCUCAACAUGGGUUUCAUCAAGGCUUGCCUGAUCACUCUCUGCUGCUGCUUCGCCGUUGACGAGUGCGCUCAGUGCAUUGAGGACAUCAUUUGCUGUCCUUGCAACCUCUGCUGCGGCGCGCCAGCGGACGAAGUCGUCACAGGGGGUGCAACAGCAACUUACUGACGUUAGAGUAUAACGUGUUGUACGAUAUUGCAGACUGCAGCUAUAGGAACAGGGCCGGAUAGAAUCGAAAGAUUCAGGCGCACGCGCGUGUUUUAGACAAGUCUUGCAAGAUCGAGACCUCAAAGCUGUAGCUCGUAACUGAAAGUGUGUUAUAUUGAACUUAUAUUGCUCGCUUUGCUUUUGAUUUGUUAAGCACUUUAAUGCAAAAAAUUCACAUGUU